AUGGCCGACAGCAUCAUCACCAAGGUCAACUCCUACUGGGACGACAAGUACGACGACGACAACGAUGACGAAGGCUACUGUGACUGUGAUGAUCCCCGGCCCUCUCGCAGAGACGCGGCGGCGCAGCCUCCCAAAGUGCUCUGGACUGCCUGCGCCGACUCGCCCUUCCCCAAGUCGGUCGACCCACACCCCGCGACGGGCAACGUCUUCGUCUACCGCAACAUGGCAAACCAGUUCCGCGCGGACGACUCCAGCGCGCUCGCCGUCCUCGAGCAUGCCGUCCACACGCUCAAAGUCUACCACGUCGUCGUAGAAGGCUACACCGACUGUGCCUGCAUCCAAGCAAGCAUCGAGGCCGCACACACAGCACGAGCGGCACACACGGACCCCGCCGCGCCCACGACGCCGCUCGCGCGCUGGCUCGCGCCGCUCACCGUGCUCGCCGCCGGCUUCCCCCCGCCGGAUAGCUUGCGCAAGCGUGCGCUGCUGCUGGUCGAGCAGGGCGUCGCGGUGCAGGUCGCGGGCGUCGUGCGCGCGCUCGGCGCGCUGCAGCCGCUGGACAGGCCCGUGCAUGUGCAUGGGCUGGUGUAUGACCUCGAGCAGCGCGAGCUGGACCUCGACGUGUCAGUCACGGUGGGCGGUGGCGGUGACGAGGCUGGGGCAGCUGGGGCGGCCGCCUAA